CAAUUGGCCCGCGACCGCGAACUACACAGCCAGCGAAUUGAUGCGCUGUGGAGCCGCAUAGAAGAUUUAGAGAACAGAAGCCGUCGUAAUAAUAUUAGGAUGUUGGGCUUGAGAGAGGGCAGCGAAGGGGACGACAUAAAGGCAUGCAUUGAAAAGAUCCUAACUGAGGGCCUAAAGAUUGUCAUUGAUGGUGAAUUUGAAGUGGAGAGGGCGCAUCGUUCUCCAGCCGCACGCCGAGAUGAGGACCAACCCCCGAGAGUGCUCAUGAUCCGGUUUUUGCGCAGCUCUGGAAGAGAUAAAGUUCUCAAAGCGGCGAGGGAGAAGAACGGAGCAACUUGGAAUGGGUGCAGACUUUCGUUUUUCCCUGACAUGUCGAAAAGUCUGGCUGAUAAAAGAAAAGCCUUCACGCCGGCCAAACGACUGCUGCACGCAAAGAAGGUGAGAUUCACACUCGCUUUCCCUGCGAUACUGACGUUUUCCUGGAGGGGGCGGAAACUAAACUUUCAAGAUGCUACGGAGGCGGAGAAAUUCAUCCAGCAACGUGUUGUAUCCUGGAACAUUAAUGGAUGUGGAAACCCAGUAAAACGGAAAAAGGUACUUUCAUAUCUCAAACUGCAACAAACAGACAUAGCAUUUAUUCAAGAAACUCACUUAAAAGAUGAUGAGGCCAGAAAGUUUAAAAGAGAUUGGGUGGGGCAAGUUUUCUUUAGCUCCUUUUCUACCAAGAAAAAUGGUGUUCUUAUUCUGGUACACAAAAGGCUAAAUUUCUCACUAGUCAGGGAAUAUGCAGAUAGUAAUGGUAGAAUUAUUUGUAUUGACACUAUCAUAAAUGGCAUGAAAGUAACACUUUGUAAUAUUUAUGCCCCCAACAAAGAAGAGCCAGCUUUUUUCCAUGAGGUUAAUAACAUUUUGGGGAAUGCACAUGGACAGGUAGUGUUGGCUGGAGACUUUAACCAGGUUCUGGACGGUGCUUUAGAUAAGAGUAGAUUUUCAGGAACGGCAGUGCCUAAGGAUAGAGCAGCUAUCCAGGUGUUAAUGAAAGAUAAUGGUUUAAUUGAUAUAUGGCGUAUGGUUAAUCCAAGUAAGAGGGAAUAUUCGUUCUACUCCCAUUGCCACAAAUCCUACUCGCGGAUAGAUUUUAUAUUGAUGUCUAAUGGGCUAAUCAAUGAUGUCAUCGACUGCAAAAUUAAUGCCAUUUCUUUGUCGGAUCAUGCGCCCGUUGAACUCUGUGUUAAAAUACAUCCAGAAAAACUCAAACGAGGUAGAUGGAGGAUGAAUACCUCCAUCCUUCAAAAUGACAUUUUUCAGAAGGAACUGGCAAUAGAUCUGUCAUCAUUUUUUGAGAUAAACAUGGGUAGUACGGACAGUGUUGCUAUGGUGUGGGAGGCGUCGAAGGCAUACAUCAGAGGCAAAAUUAUAGCGCAUACCUCUAGAAUAAAAAAAGAACACACCAAUACAGUCAAAAAAUUGGAGGCAGAAUUAAUCAUAAUGGAAAGAAAACUGGCAGAACAAUAUUCUGAUAGGCUGUUAAAUGAUAUUUGUAAAUGUAAAUCUCAAAUACAGGAAAUAUUCAAUAGAAAGGCAGAAUAUGCUCUGUUUAGACUAAAAACAACAUUCUAUGAGGCGGGAGAGAAGACAGGGAAGCUCCUGGCAAGACAGCUAAAAGAGGUCAAUUCUGCACAUGCAAUCCCUGCCAUACGGAAAGAUGGGGCACUUGUAACAUCUCCCACAGAAAUUAAUGAGUUCAACUACAUAUCCAUGAUGCUCCCUCUUAGUAUACCUGAAAAUAUAUUUAAACAAUAUGACAAUCUCAUCAAGGAAUUCCUUUGGGCGGGGAGAAAGCCCAGGUUUAAACUGGAUAAGCUCUAUGCACCCAAGGAUAAAGGCGGGCUGAGUUUACCUAAUAUGUCAGCGCCGAACAGAGUGAGGGAGCAACAUUUGCCUCUGCUUAUAAAAGGCGCCAUGCUGGCCCAGCAGGCCAUGGACGGUGGAACCUGUGAGUCUUCUACCCACCGAACCAUGGCCGCUGCCACAGACCUGACGUGGUCCAAUCACAUCAGCACUCUGGUGAAGACAGCUCGACAGCGUCUCUACCGCCUCAGACGCCCGAGGGACUUCAAGCUCCCUCUCAAGUGCUCAGGGACUCUUACACCUGCACCGCUGAGCGUGUCUUGGUUACUGGUGUCCCCCAAAUCCAGCUCCCCAUCAGCAGUGAAACUUAGAAAAACAUUACCGGCGCACUCGCUGGUUCUUACUGUCCUAACCCUUAAGUCGCAGUCAGGGGCAAAUACUGACCCCGUCUGUAAAUCAAAGAGUGGAAGCUGCUUAAGCACACAAGCAGAUUUUGCUGAGCCAGAACCACAAAGGGUGUGGAAGUCUAAGGAGGAGGAGGUUGGAGCGCGGGUCCUGAAGAUUGGAGAGGCGAAAGCACUGCUCCACUCUCUGCCGCGACAGCCCGGAACUCAUCCAGCUGCGUUUGAGCGGGUAAAAGUACGCCGCAAAGUACGCCGCGGGGUCCCCCUUGUCCGCUUCUUGGUACGCCCGGCAGCCGACGCAGUCCCUCAGACUCAAGACCACCUUGUGUCGCCCGACAGGUGCCGACAGAGACUGAGAGGAGGAGGUGGCGAGAAGGAGCUGACAGAAUCACAACCGGAAGACAUGAUGUUGCAGCAGGAAAUCAAAACCAAGAAUGACUGGCUGGGAAGCACCUCUGAAAACUUCAAAGUCCUGUUACCAUACCUGCUUUCCAAAAACCAUACCUGGAAUACUGAUGAGGUUGACAGGAUGGAGAGUAGUGCCGGUCAUGUUUGUCAUUGUUGUGCCACUCAUGGUUUCUCUGAUAAACAGGAGAAGGGGAACGACGAUCAGAGUGGAACUCUGGAUCACAACCAUAAUACUGCUCAGAAAAGCAAGAAUAAAAAGAGUAGCUCCCCGAUCCUUCAAUCCGUCAAUGCUGUGGAACAGGAGUUCCAUUUCUGGAGGACGUGGCCCCAUGUGUCCUGGAUGAUCUCCCUCUCGGUGUCAGACAGUGGCUCGGCGCGCUCCGGACGAUCCUCCCCGUCUCCCCUCUGCACUCCCAGCAGCCGUGGAGGUGGUGAGGGAGGCGGCGGAGACUCCCUGCGAGACAUCCUCCUGCGGCGCAGCAGCCCGGAGGUUCCCAGCAGCGCCCGGGGGAGGUAG